AUGAACGAUGGGAAACCUACAUGUCUCUGGAACACGAGGACUCCUCAAUACACAAAAGAAACUGUCGACUUUUUGAAAAGUAUAUUGAAAAGAAUUCUCUAUAAUUUUGUAGCGUUAAUGACUGAAGCCAAAAUAUCAAACCAAAUCAGACGAGAUAUUCAAAGGAACGUACAAAGUAAUACAAAUGUGCUUUUUAGUUUAAUUAAGCAGAUGGUCAGCCUCUUCCUUCUAAAUUUCCCGGAAGUAAGCAGAAUCACACCCGAAAACCAAGCCAUCCAAUGGAGUACGUGUUUUAUUGGAUAUGUUGUUAAUAAAUUCAUGGAAGAAGAAGACAAGUCCGGCCUGGAUUGCGAACGAGAGAAACGAUUAUUGCGAGCGGCGCAUAUGAUAUGCCGAAGCCAAAGCCUCUCCCCCGUAAUUUAACAUUCAGUGUUCACCGCAUGUAUUUUCUGAUAAGGCCAUUUGGAGAGCAGGUACUAUGAAAUCCGUCCUUGAGUGCGGUAGACAUCACGAUUUUCCAUCUUUCCACUUCAUCGUCUGUCUGAGAAGAUAAAGAGCAGAAACGGAGGCUGUCUUCGUAAAGAAAAAUGUGUUCCUGCCGAUGUUCCGCAAAAUUUACCGCCCACAUCGCCAAUCAGGAGGCGUAACUGACUCCGAACCCUCCAUGCCAUUUGUCACUGGCGAGCGCGUGCGACUUCGAUUAGCGUCACACACUUCUUAGCUGCAGCAGAGUCUGCUUGCCCGUCAGUUACAUAUGUUGCUUUAUUACAGUCGGCUUCCAGUAGGUUUCCGCACAAUGUUGCAUCGAUAAUGGGCAAGGAUUGCAUACAAGCACCAAAUUUUUCUGUUUCUCGCAUGUCAGUGAUGUAAAAAUGCUAUCUGAGAACCACUGAACGGAGCAAAGUCAGGCUUUUGACUGCGGAACCAAUGGGAAUAACCUUAAGACCUUUUGAGAUCGAUGUGAAACACAAACCAAUAUUAAUACCAGCCAGCAAAAAAUGGCCCUACAAGUCCGUCAGCGUUAGCAGGAUAAGUGGCGCUCUGCUGGCAGUCCGCAAUGCAAAAUGGCGAUAUCGUAUAGUUUAGGUAAACAAAAAACCUCACGCUCGCAGAGUUCCACGAUUUCUGACCUGCAAUCGAACGCCAUGCUCGAGUGUCUUUAUACAUAGCCAUGCACAGCAGAAAACCUAUAGUUUUAUCUUUGAGAAGGCGAGAAUUAACGUUCAAAGCCAUGAAAAUUUGACCAGGAGGGUUUUAAAAUUGGUCAUUGUUAAACCAGUAGACCUGCAUUCCACCUAUUAGUCGCAACGCGGAAGAUUUUAGUCAGUCUAGACAGAACCUACAGCAAAAAUGGACAAGGAACAGAAUGCAUUCCAAUACCAAAUAUUGCAAGGCUAGUCAAGCUCAGCACGCCUGAAUGCGGCUGCCGGAACACAAUGACACUUUGUCGAGAGUACAUGGAAAGACGAAGUCAUCCAAAUAUUUCGGCGGUGAGCCAGAGACUAAUGAGAUAACAGACGCGAUAUGGUCCACUAGGGGCACUGGAGCAGAAUUUCCACAACCUAGAAGCUGGCCAUUCCAAAAGUGAGAAGACGAACCAGCCGACGGGAGGCCAGUCAGAGAUCAUGUAACCAGCAUGAAAUAGAUGUUCACCGACAAGCCACAGAAGAAAAAAAUAUGAGUGAAGAAGAAGAGUCGAGCACCGGUACAGUUCGUUUAUUGUCCUGAGCUUUCAGACUCUUACAGGAGUCCAUCGUCAGAGGUAUUGGCAGAAACAGAGCAAGCGGCAGUUAUAAGGCACGUAGGCCCAAUCAUCGACCGACGGCGCACGACUGGAGGUAACUACGCAGGGCUCUGUACGCCGGCGCCAGAUCGAUAAAUCGAUUGACCAAGUUCUCAUCCGAGGCCUAGGCUUCAAUUAAUUUUCGUGCUUACUAACGAGCAACUUGUCUAGACAAUUAUAUGAGGAGGUCCCAAGUCAGGAGGCUGCAACAUAAACUAAAGUUAUGCGCGCCGGUCGUUGUUCUGGUACUAGGAAUUUGGAAUCGAUUGGCAGCAUAGGAGAGCACAAAGGUCGUUUUUUCGGGCGCGUUCAUAACAAUCAUCAGAUGACAAUUAUGAACAGGUGGAAAUGAUCAGGAUUAUCCGGAUCCCUCAACUGACGGCGUAAUUGAUAGUUUAAGGGACACAAGUAUGAGUAUUGUUUGUUCUGUAAAUCCCCCUCUCUUACUCGUUGUUUUCCCCGAAGGACACCUGACGUUACUAAGCAAACGAAAUACGUUCUAUUACAGUAAUUGUCGUAGGUUGCGGCGCGUUUUUCAAUAAUACUAUCAGUCUAUCAGGACUGUAUUGAUGAACUCUCUGUCCACGGAAGCAAUUCUAGAAAUGUCGCACAGAUUUAUCAUUUUCUUGGCGUCUAUUUCUGCGGCUAGAUCGCAGUUGGUAGCCCGGACUGGGAAGCGACGUCGACCUUAACCCUAACCCUAACCUCAACCGUUACCGUUAACUGUUAACCCUAACGGCAACCCUAACCCUAGCCGAAAUCGUCAACGUAACCGUAGCCCUUAGACACAGCCGUAACUGAGAAGCCUAACCGUAAUACUGGAACCUAUUUGUACGCUCAAACCCUAACCAUAACCCGAAAACCUAAGCCCAAAGGCGUACCCCUAACCGGAAAAUCGGAAACCAUUAACCGGUACUCUAUUCUGCUUCUAUUAUGAUGACUGACACUGGAUCAUAAACACCCCCAAGGAAUUUAAAUAAGGAAACCUCUCGGUUUAUUUCCCUAUCCAAAGUCUGUAAGUCAGUAAUUUUUGCUUCCCGCUAUACACUUCAGCGUUAGUAUGUCGGCGUCUCCUGCUUACUGUUACACUGUCGAGCAUCUUUAGACAGGUGACCCUUUUAGUUGGCAGCCUUACAUCAGUUUGCCGAAUUUUGGAAAAGUUGCGCAAGCAAACUGGCUCUAACUAAUGAGAGUUUUGGAUUAAAUUCUCAAGGUCAAUCAAGACAUGCAUGUUUCUUGCUGUAAUCGGAUCGGCGAACGCCCGUUCAACCUUGAUUGUGAUCCAAGACCUCCAAGAUGUCUGGAGUUUAAUACGCAAGCUCUUCACUUAACGCCCAAUGAUGAAUGGGGAAAAUGAUGAAUCGCGCAACCUUUCUCUUUGGGACUCUAACUUCUAUGUAUAAUUAUAUGCGUCGUCUGGUUGAUAAAGCCAUUCUUUAUUAAUUUCUUCACCAUAUGAAUGUAAUCGCUAGUCCAGCUGCCGACAGACUGUGGUUCGCCUUUAGUACAUCUGAAGCGGAGGGAGUUAUUCUAACGGGACGACACAAAAGUUGCAUCAUGGACUACAGUGACUCCCAGAACACUUAAACAAUUGGAGUUUCGCCAAGCCUGUGGCUCUUCUCAAAUUCACAAAUCUCAUGCAUCCCCAAUAAGUUCCUGACUUCGUUCGGAAGGCAUGAUAGACAUCGUUAAGAUGCGGGAAUCAAUGACUUCUGUGUUGUUAUAGACCAAAUAACUUUCAUCGGGCACUCUAUCGAGUUUGCUUUUAUGCAGCUGUCAGUAACAGGUCCGUCAGGAAAGUAUUCAUUUUCUAGAUAUCAGAGUAUUUAAGGACAACGGGGCCCUAUACAUUUUGACUUCCGACUUAAGCGUCAUCGGUUCUGACUCAUCUGCCACAUUUCUUAUGAUAUAAAUUGACCGUCUCCCUUCAAAGCAACAGACAACAGUUAAGAAAUCUCUCAUAUGUCAUUGAAUGAACUUUGAUGGACACCAUUACUUAAUUUCACGAUACGCAUUCGGAUAUGUUUUCAUAUAUUUUAAAGCCAAAAAAUUUCAUUAAACACAAUUCAGUGAGUAGUAUUGCGUUUGAUAAGUUUUGUAUAACAUAUCCGCCUGUUCAAACUUCAUUUUCUGACGUUAAAUUGUAGGCUGUUUCACCAAAAAAUAUCUGUUGAAAGUCAGCUUUGCUUGUAAAUCAAAGGGAGUGCCAGCAUCUAUGCCCCUAGGAUGAGGAAAGAUAAUUAAAUUAUUUAGCACUUUCUUCUCCCGCACUCCCUUACUUUUCUGCAUGAUUUGAUUGGGAGAUUAGCCCACUUCUUAGCGACUUAUGUGAUUUAACGUAAUACGUCUGCCUAAGCCAACGUAAAGUAGAGUGAAUAUAGGCACCGAACUUUUAUCGCGGAAUCAGCAACUUUUGCUUUAUACUGUUCUAAGGUUUGUAUUAACUGUCAACUACCCAUUUUUUCAUUUGGCUACUAGAAAUGAUUUUCUUGCAAUUUUAAUCGCGAGUCUCUGGAUGAGAUUCAGUCAAGGAAUGAAAGUAGACGUCUGGGACCGGUGACCUAACCGCAUGGAGUUCGGUACAGUCUGAACUUGCACCUGAUUGGUUUUGACUGUAGAUGCCUAACCUAACUGUUCGGUAUCGAAAUUCCAGAUGACUUGCCGUGACUGAAAAUGCAUCGGCCUGUGGCCCACACUCACUCUGUGCUGACAAUAAAGAAAAUAAGGGACAUUUUUCUCGGCUGAAACUCAUAAACAUUCUCAUAAAUGAUGGCUAUCUACGAAAUGGGGCUCAUCAGACGUGAAAUCCACUGCCCAGCAAGAAAUAUUAUAGGUUAAGAAAAGAAGAAAACCGGUCAAGCACAGGAACAGUUUGUUUAUUGUUUUUUAGGCCAUCAGCUUAACGUCACAGCCAUCAAGAUAAGUGCUCACCGUAUAAACAAAGCAGGUCGAUAAUUGAUUGAAGCCUUUGUCCCGGAUGAGAACUCAGUUAAUCGAUUUACUGAUCUGGCGCCGGCGAACAGAGGCCUGCUAAAUCGCCCCCAUUUUAGAAUCGUCGACCCAGGAUUGGCCGAAAUUCCCUAUUACUGUCGCUCGGUCUUUUGUUGAUACUAUUCCCGGACGGUGGACUCUUGCAGAGUUCGAAAGCUCAGAGCUGUUAUCAAACUGUCCCUGUGCUCGAUCAGUUUUCUUCUUUACCUAUACAUAAACCUGAAGCUCGAACUUUCGCCUGCAUUCGUGUUAUAGGUUUUUUGCCGGCCAAACCUGACAUCUUACAAGUAAAAUAAAAUCGGUGCCACAGAGUGAUACCGAAAGAAGCGAAAAUACACUUCGCCCCAAAUUCCUCUGUUAUAUGGAGACCACCAUCCCCCCUGUGUACACCUUAGUUUCUAAACUCACCUGCGCAUAAAUGUAUAUUUGACAAAGGGAAACGAAUUAGCUGUCAAAUCAUUUUUGAAAUGUGGAGGGCCAAAAUUGCUUAUUCUCUGCUACAAAAAAACAUCUAAAAAUGAGGUCGAAAUCCGCUCAGACUCCUCAAACCAGUAGUUGAAUCAUUCGGUCAAAUAAAAACCUAAAGGCUUACAUAAAAUUCUUGUUGAUAUCUUCCUCUUCUUCUUCCUCCUCCUCCUCCCCCUUCUUCUUCCUCUUCCCCAAAGGGGGUUCUCGUAGCCAAAGUAACCAGUUCACACAUAGAUGCAGCCGCGAUUAGCAGUACAUGUGAGAGUCAUAUUCCUCAAUGAAUCACCCUUAUACUCUGACAACCAGAGUCAGAGCCCUCCACUUCUGCACUUUCUAGUCUUAAAGGAUCGCCAGGUCGAAAAGGAAAGACUUGCGAACAUUUUCGCCUAUGGAACCGAUCUGGCUAAGGAGUUCGAGAAGUUCAAAGCCCAGAAAGCCAGAAGACGUGAAGCCGCCGCGAAGUCGGAGCAAGUUGAGAUCGACCGCUUUGAUGAACGUAAGUUGGUCGUCACUUCCCUUCAUUGCAAUGAGGUUUCAACGCAAUUUGGAAACACGCUCUAGACAUUCGUCUUAAACAAUUGUCAUGGUCACGGUCUGAAGUAUAGGAAUGUUAUCUCAUGAAAUUUUAGGCGGGGUUCGGAAGUGUGUCGUCGACUCGAAAAGGGAACUUAAGCAGGGUUAUAAUAGUAACGACCAUGCAAGAGAAUCCAAAGAUAUUCCGGUCACAUCACUAUGCCCCUCUUUUGAAAGAUCUUCUUCCCAGCCGUCCGAAAAACCAAACCCUGCAAGGAAUGACUAAAUUAGUUUGAAUUUCUCCAUAGAUCUUCGGUGCCAUCAUAAAUCCAAGUAUAUACUAUAGAAAAACAUGCACACAAUCAUCGUUAUUUUAUUCAUUCGAUACCAAGCUACGUAUUCUUUUAAGUUUAUACUCAAAGUAAGAGCAUAAUUGGGUUUUAAAGCACAUAUUCAGUCCCUGAAUAAUUUUGAACACUACCUAUUUUUACAAAUACCUUCAGGAUUUCCAAACUGCAAGCUGUAUAUUUUCCAUGUAGGGAAAAUCAUUUAUCUUUAUGCGUCAUCAAGAAGAUAUCAUAUAGGGUUGAUAAGAUUUUGCGGUGGAUUUGAACCAUAUCGUAUACCUUAGAAGCAGAAUUAGUAAAUGUAAACAAAUGAACGAAAAUUUCACGGUCAUAAAAAGGUUCACAGUUAAAAAUCUAGUUGAAACCGGAAGAUACUAUUUCUUCAGAUAUUAAAUUUAAGGGAACAUAAUCUGAAACCCAAGGCGUAAAGGGACGAAAAUUUUUGUGCUUUUUUAUAAAAUAUAUUCGAUUUUAUUAAAGCAUCCAAAAUCAAUGAGAAAAAUUCACACUACCUAAGUAGUCAUUCUUUGCAGAGCAGUAUUACAGACGACCGGGAAGAAACUCGUUCAAAAGGUCACAUCUUGAUGCGACUGAACUAUAUUGGGAUUAUAUUGCACGAUAAGUAAUAUCACAACCCCACUUAAGCAACCUUCUCAAAUCGAAAACACAUCUCAGAAUUUCGGUCAACAUUUUACGAGAUCACACACCCACCGUAAAUGGUAUAACUCCUGGCGCAUAACCAAGCAUGAUGGAAGCCAUGGCUAAUCCAGGAAACUUCAGUUUAUAAAUCCGAGUUUGCCUAACCACACAGGAGUCCAUCGAUAGAGAUAAGAAAACGGUGACAUGAGGGAAUGCAAAGUAUCGGAUGACGCGGCCAGUUAGCCGUCAGCGUCACAAGAUUUCAGGCGUCUGCGCAGGAGAGUUUACGCAGACGAUAGGGCUGAAGGUUCGCAAGCCGAGAGAGACCAUUCAAGGCUGGAACAGAAUCAGUCACCGGUUGGAGCCUCCGAAAGUAGCGAAUUAUCGAGGGCACCUCGAUUCGUCCAAUCCUCGAUAUGAGGAACUCGUAAAAUGGCCAGCGGAGAAACUUAAUUCUCUGCAGUAUAAGCUGGCGCCACGUAACUAUCGGGAUGUCUUUGAAUUCACUAACAGCGUGAAAGACCUCGAUCUAAACGGGAUGAUCAUGUUUUCGUUAGAUAUUUCAUCUCUUUUUACGAACUUACCGGUCGUAGAAACGGUCAGCUACCUUUGUAAUUUCACUGCCGCCAAUCAGUAGGAUAUAGGAAUGUCGGUGAAUGUCCUGAAGGAAUUGUUAUUGAGCUGUACAUUAAAUGGGCAGUUUCUACUUCACAACAAUCUUUAUGGACAGAUGGACGGAGUAGCUAUGGACUUGCUCCCUUUUCCGCUUUUUGCGAACAUAUUCAUGUGCAAGCUAGAAGCUUUCCAACUACGUCACCAGAUCAACGGUCUGAGAUACUAUGGGCCGUACGUGGAUGAUAUAUUCGCGAUUGCACCGCAACAAAAUUACGCCUCAGUUCUACUGAAUGAUGUAAAUCAGGCGCAUCCAUCAAUCGAAUUCAAGCUGAAAGAAGAACAGUCCGGUUCGUAUCCCUUUCUGGAUGUACUUCUGAGUAGAAGGCCUGAUGGCAGUAUUCGAGGUACCGUCUACAGUAAGAAGAUAUGAUCCAGGCAAUACACCCAUUUUGGGAGUUUCGUACCGCUAAAUGUGAGGCGUAAUUUAGUCCGCUGUUUGAAAGAAAGAGUGAGAAGAAUCUGCUCAGCUGACAGCGUUGAGAUAGAGCUGAAGAUCAUCGAAAGCCUUUUUCGCCAGAACGGGUAUCCUGAUGGAUUAAUUGUUAAGAACAUGGCUGGAAGACCACCAAAGCCACUGACACUGACAGCAAGAAAGAUAUGGGUUUUCAGUAGGGUGCCAUUUCAAGGGGACGGGCCAAAAGAACUUUUAAUAAGGCGCCUAACUCAAGCUGUAUCACAGACCUUUCCAACAGUUGACACCCGUGUACUGUUCUCCACUAGUUCCAUCUUAUACGGAGGGGGCAAGGAUACACUACCAGCUCAGACCACCUCUAUGUGUAUUUACUCCUUCACCUGCUCCUGUGGGGCAGAAUAUAUUAGUCGCAUGAGCCGGCGUUCGUCCAAAAGAAUAAAGAACAUCUUCCUGCCUGAUUAGGAAAGGGCCAAAUAAAAUAACCACCAGCUCCAUCCGCCCACACAUAGUAGACACCGACUACCGUGUAGACGCCAGAGAGGCCUUCAGAGUGAUCUACAAGGUCCCAUCAAGCUAUCCAAAACUGCUUGGGCAGCGCUUGUUGGCUGCGGCAGCGGCGGCUGCAAUCAGGUUACACGGACCGGUCCUAUGCGCGCAAAAGAACUUCAUACAGGUCCCACAGUUGUCAUGGCUGAAAACCGCUAGGCCAGCCACCCGCAUAUAAUUAUCUUUCCCGGGCCCAUCUUUUCCUUGGCGCUGAGUGGAAUUCUGGUGUUUCACUCAUCCCCCUCCCCCAAACCCGAGCUACAGCAUGAAUAUCUACUCGCACGUAUCUUCGGACUCAUUAUUUCAAUAACCAUAUAGAUGUACAGGCCUGAAAAGAAUUUAUCGAAAGCGGACGUAUUCUCGCCAGCUUGCCUUUUGUAUUAUCGAUAUAUUGCCAAAAUUCUGUGAUACGCCUAUAAGUGCAGACUUUCCUGGACUUAAUCGACAAAAAAAGAUUUGUUAAACUGAUUUGACUGUUCACAGUAAAUGAGUCGGAAUUAACCGGUUCUGUAUUUUGAACAAAUUUAGCAUCUAUCGAUUGCUCGUUGUCAGACCUUUACUUUGAAUCAAAUAGAGUACUUUCAGACCCGCAGGUAGGUUAAGUAUAAACUGUGUACAGGCUCAUUAAGCGUCUCUGAAUCUACAGUGCCAUCUAGAACGGAUUGUUACAAGGGCAGGGAGUGCGAGACGACUCCGAGUCGUGUGACUGUGUUCGUUUACAAAUCGACCCAGCCAAUGCUGUCGACUCCACCCUUGUGUUUGCAUCAGUUAACACCAGUUCGGUUUGUCUUCACGAACCAGUGCGACCAAUGUCCCGCGAUCGACCGUUGGGACCGCAACAGUUGGAGUUUAAGGACUGUCAGACCUAAAAACCCCUCCAGGUCUGACUUAACCAUAUGCAUAAAAUUCAUUAGCCGACUACCAUUUAAGAUGCGCCACUUGAGACAAAAAUAAGCCUAGAUAACUGGCAUUGCGGGUGAACGUCUAUCUGACUAAACGAAAUUCCUCUACCGUUGUUUGCGGCCAGAAAAACACAAGACGGUGGCUGCUCUUGAUCCAGAUGAGUGCUUUCCGGCGCGUUCGUAGGGGUUGUACUCGGGGGCAUACUUGCAUGUAAGCACGAACGGUAAUCGGUCGUUUUGCAGUUGUUACGUAGAUUAAUCGUUUAUUUAUCAUGCGCCUUGUUACACCAGACUCGACUGAUUUCCCCAUUUUAAGGAUCGUCAGCAAACACAAAGACCUGCGAUUUAGGACAUCCACUAGAUUGUUGAUCCAAACUUGGAGGCGUAUCGGCCCAAGGACUAGGCUUCAGAAGACCUCAUAUAAAACGGCAGUAGAUGUAACCUUUGCGGCCUGGAAUUGUUCGAUUAAUAAUCAGUUGGCCGCAGCAGAUUUCCUCUUAUUCGAGUGUCUGCAGGUUUGUGAAUAGGCUGCUGAUAUGGAACGCGGUCAAAGGCCAGUUAAAAUCAAUACAUAUGAUUUUGAUCCAGCCUUCCACCUCCUUGAGCAAACGCAGUUCAGUGUCUAGCUGAUUGCCUCGAACUGAAAGUGAGGAACGGUUCUGUCUGUAGUCGUGUUAGAGCCUUGGGAUUACAAAGUUGUUCUCUGAAAAUAUUUAUUUCCGACUUGUUAAGUAUUCUUGUCAUUACCCUUCGUUAGGUACGGUCCACACUGACGGAAUGACUAUUAUUAGGCCAACUCUUAUAUAUCGCGCAGAUAUUUGCACUUUGCCAUACGAAUGGAAGUCUUCCUAAGUCAACUGACAGAUGACAAAUAUAAAGUAGGCGGGCUAACUCAUGGAAUGUCAACCGAAAUUCUGAAAUGCAUUUUCUUUUCGAAAAGAUUAAUUAAGUAGAGUUGUAAAACUGGUCAGUCUGCAACAUAAUUCUAUAAUAUUUCAGUUACGUCAGGAUUCCGCCUUUCGAAUGAACUUCCUUCCGGCUGUAUGCACAAAUGCACUUUGUAGAAAACGACUACUUAAGUAGCAUGACUUUCUCUCAUUGAUUUUCGAUGUUCCUAAAAGUCCAAUGAUAUCUCAUGGAAAAAAAACAAAAAUAUUCACCUUUUGCUCAUUCGGUAGACAAUUGCAUCUUCUUCCAAUCUUAUACUUGAAGGAAAUGUCUAAUUCGGUUUUCAAAGACUUUUCCAAUUCCCGAAUAAUUUUGAACCCGCUCUACCGUUACACUUGGAUUCAGGGUUUCAAAACCACAAGCCGUAUAUUUUUCGCGUACAGAAAACCACACAUUUCUCUGCGGUAAUAAGGGGAACCAUAUAGGAUUCAUAAAAUUAGGCAGUGGAUUUGAUUCAUAUUGUUAACUUUACAAGUCAAAUUGGUAAAUGCAGAGGCAUGAUGAUUUAUGAACGGUCAUUUCACGGUAUUUAAAAGUCCCACAAUUAGAAACUUUUUAAAACCGAAUUAUAUGCUUCCUUUGAGUAUAAAAUUAGAAGAAGACGUAAUUGUCUACCGAAUCAGCUAAAGAAUGAAUAUUUUGUAUAAUUUGAAUUUUAGAAGCAUUGGAAAUCAAUGAGAAAAAUUCAUGCUUCUUAAGUAGUCAUUUUUACAGAGUAUAGUUUUUGCAUGCAACCGGAAGAAAGUUCAUUCGGAAGGCGGCAUCCUGAGGUAACUUAAAUAUUAUAGAAUUAUGCUGCAGGAUGACUGGUUUUACAACUCUACUUAAGUAAUCUUUUCGAAGCGAAAAGGCAUUUCCGAAUUUCGGUUGACAUUUCAUGAUUUAGCCCACCUGCUGUAUAGUACGCGGGCACAUACUACGCUUCUGGCGCAUGCGUACACGUACACACUACCUGCAAUACUUCGGUUGAAAUCCUGAGCCCUUCCGUGGUGUUGCUUUCGCGUCAGACUAAUCUCUGAGACGGUCAGUCAUCCAAUCACUUGACGUAGGUAUGUCCCGAGUCAACGUGCACUGACACUGGCUCCAGCGGAGCUGGAAGCGCGCCUCAUGUGCGGCCGUCAAACCUACUUUCCAUACUUUCUGUACAGCAUGCAGCGCCGUCACUACUAACGUCUUUCGUCUCCUCUAACACUGGACCUGACCUGAAGGUUAUAAUGGGCAAUGUCUUUCCCUGGCUUCUGCGACGUGCACGCAGAAAGUGAGUAACCUUCUGCGAACUAAAUGGGCUCUCGUGUCCGACGACUAUGUGGUCGCAGAUUAUGUGGUGGUGAUACCUUCAGGCUGCCAUCAAAUAAGGUCAAUCCGGCGACUGUCUGCUUUAGAAGUAUGGCCACACCCCCUCGUAGGCCGGCUGAAGCCGGAACCUCACCUGCACAUUGCACUCACUGAAGUCUCAACAGAUCUUCACGAUCUGCGACUUAGGAUGCGGUUGCAACAAGCUUUUCACUGGGCUACUGUGGACUUAAGUGUAUGCGCUUGAUCUCUUUCCCCGUGGGGUCAAUCCGCGUAUUUGUCCUCCGUAGACUGCACAAUUCGCUUUCUGCUACCUUGACAUCCGUUUAGGGGAAGUUGAAGAAAGCCAGAAAUUUGACAGCCUUCUAGUCCUCCGCCCCACUCGUUAUUUUGAGCUUUCGUUGCAUAGUGACGAGUUGGGACUGAGUUGACUUCAUAUGCUUGAAGUUCAACAUAUGCUAACGUAGCGAUCUCGUUAAUGCAGCAGCAGAGUUCACUCAAGAGCAAAUCGCUAGAUUGGUAACCUUUAUGUCGUUGCCAGCAUCUUCGGGGCUUGUGUGGAAACAACAUUUUACGUAGACUGUCAAAAUAUAUCUUAUGACCUCUUUUUAAGGAAGUUACGCCUUCUUAGGAACGGAAACCACAAAGUUCCCAAAGCAUAUCAUUUUAAAGACCAUAGUUUUUUUCUAUUAAAUUUCAGCUCUCAGUUAGCGCAAACAAACUCUUCCUAUGAAAAAGAUUGAUAAAAUUUACUUAUGUACUAAAAAUUAUUAAUAAAAUUUAUGCACUAGGUAUAAAGUCGUUUGGGUUUUCAAAAAAUGUAAUAUCCAGUACAUUUUUGAAAUGUAAACUUUAAUCUUUCAAGGCUACUCCGUGCGCGUUCUUUCGGAAAGUAAUAUUAUACUUUUUCACGUUGCUUUGGCUACGCACACCGGAACAUUUCGCAAAGCAUAUGUAGGUCAAAUGGUAGGUAUAACAGAAGAUGUGCCAAAUCAUAAAAUGUUAACCGAAAUUCUGAAAUGCGUUCUCGACUCGCAAAGAUUACUAAAGUAGGGUUGUAACAUUAAUCAACAUUCAACAUAAUCCCAAAAUAGGCCAGUCACGUCAGGAUCCCAGCUUUUGAACGAACUUCUUUUCGGCCGCCCGGAAAAACUAUACCCAGUAAAAAAUGACUACUUGUGUAGCAUGAAUUUUUUUCAUUAAUCUUUGAUGCCCUUGUGAAUUCAAAGAUAGUUCAUAGAAAGCAUGCAUGAAAAUAUUUAUUCUUUUACUCAUUUAGUAGAAAACUACGUCUUCUUCCAAAUUUUGUUCUUGGAUGAAGAGCGUAAAUUAGUUUUUAAAUCUUUCCCAAUUCCCGAAUAAUUUUGAACCCGACCUGCCGUUAAACCUGCAUUUAGCGUUUCCAAAUUACAAACUGUGUGUUUUCCGCGUACAAAACAUCAUAUACGUCUAUUAAAAGGAGGUCAUACGGGGUUCGUAAAAGUUAGAAGUGGAUUUGAGUCGUAUUAUAAAAUGUACAUGCAACACUAGUAAGUACGCUCGCUUGCGCCUACUGUCAGGAAUGCGUCACAAAUUGCCCCUCACUUGGGAGUAUUUUCAAAGUACUCCAUUACUCAAACUGGUAAGUAUUAAGUGAGCCAAGUCUUCCACAAAGGAUUGAGAAAAUCACUUGUUCAUAGGGCUUUAAACGAAGAAUGAUCAGGUCUGUGGAAGUGUUACAAAAUGAUUAAAUAACCUAUUAGCUAUGUAAUCAGGCGGAAGGGGUACCCAAUGAUAUGUCCCAAUCGCGGGGCAGAAACGGGUACUCAUGGAUGCCCUUCGAAUUCUCGACCGGAGCUAUUGCGGGCGUUCGCGCAACGACGACAAUCAGAAAUCGAUAAUUCCUGUCGACCAAAGGACACGAGAGGUGGUAUUGCUAGCUUAUCCGCCGCCAUCAAUCGGUGGCUAGCGGACACCGCGUCAGAUGCCUAAGAUUUGAGACCAAGGGAAUCUUGGUUAACCCCCCCCCCCACUUGAGCUACGAUCCGCCAGGAUCAGACAUUUAUAGCUGACGAUGAUAGGCGGACCAGAAACGGUCGCGCCCGUGUCCCUUAUUUUCAUCGACAACACCAGUCAAGUUCGGUUUCUUCCGGGGCUGGACCGACGCCAGAAAAGAAGCUCGAACAGACUCUUUUGGCAGCCUUUCUGGGUUAAUCGAUAUCUACAAUUAUACUCGGCAACCGCCAGUAUUGAAAAACCGGAUCUAGAUAAUCAUUUCUAGGUUCCGCAAAUAUUCCCUUGCUACAUUUGAAAAGUCAGGUUUGCAAACAUGUGUUUUCAGUAAUUCAGCAUCAGGCCAAUAUGGUUACAUAGAAAAUGAAAAUACGAGAAAGCGACAGGGUGAGUCGUCCCUGAGGCACUUAUGAACAUUGUCAACAUCCCGCAUUUUCAUCUUCUGUGUAAGUGUGUGGGCUUGAUGACAAAAUUACUGAAUAUAAUCGUUCGUCUUUGAAAAUUUGCUGGAUGACUUUAUUUCGCAUCUCAUGCGAGUAUAUGCUGGCUGUAUGAUCCAACAAUAAAUCCCUGACAAAUACUUAUAAAGGCUAUUAAGAUAGGCAGCACCAGAUGAUUCCAACCAGCAUCCUGAGAUGAUGCGGAAAAAUUGCAGGAAUUUUAGACGGUUUACUGAAUUCGAGCGUUUUUAUCCAUCUACUGUGUUCUCUUAGUGUUUGAGGAGCUGAAGGACAGAAAGCGUUUUCUGGACGAGAUGUAUGAGCUCGGACGAGGCCGAGAAUACGCCCCAAUGAUCGAAACGGAAAUAUCUCAGGCAAGAGACGACUGGCUUUCAUAUUUGAAGUGAAUUUAAUUGUCCCUUGGAUUACUUAACAUAUCAAAAGUCACGUCGUCAUACGCUGGAAUGAGUACUGCCUAAGAGCUGAGAUACGCGUAAUCGUGUGAGGCCGGAUUCAGGGCUACGGCACACCAUUUCGACUUCUCUGGUUUUGAUCCAGUUAUUGACUCUGCUUCUGACAGACCUUGGUGAACGAAUUUAUCCACUCGGUUGAUCUAUAAAAGACCUUUUCUUUGUUAACCCGCAACUAUCUCAAAAAAUUCUUAAUUCAAAUAAUUGUUGUCGUAAAUCCCAGCUACGUGUAAAAGAAGCAGGACUGUGGGAAUAUCGUAUUUUUACAAUCUGCUGUGACGAAAAUUGUUUACAGUUUGUAGGCAACUCAAACAACCUCAGGACUUCUUCAUAUUGUGUUUACCUUCUGCUUGCAAAGAGCCUGUCUUCGUAGUCGCAGUAGAAGAGUUGGCAGACCAGUUCAAAUGUUCGUGCUGCCGGUCAUAGAGAGGAUCUAUAUUCUCCCCAGUCGGUAGAAGGGUCCCCGUAACUGCGGCAAUGUUCACCUUGUGCGUGUUACAGAAUGGUUGGCGUAGUACGGUGACUCGUGUGUUGAAAAGAAUUGCCCAGGAUAUGUCGCACCCUCUCCUUCCCAACUCUCCCGGACCUGGUGGAAUAACUGACCCGAGACAAUCAGAGGGGGUCUCAGGCUCCAUGGCUGAGAAAAAUAAACAGUGCGGUCUGAUAGUUCGACUGUGGUUGCCGACGAUGUGCAUCGUGUGCUCCACAACAGGAUGAGAGCAGGGACGGUGACUUGUGCGUGAAUUAGUUUAUAGUCAUAGUAGACUUACACAGCAUCUACCGCACUCCCUACUGCUCCACCACACGGACCCGGUGUCAAGACAGACUCGAAAAGGCCGGAGGCGGGGAAGGACGCAGGUGAGUGGCACGGUCGCGCCCGCACCUUGGCGCUCCACCGCACGUCCCCUGACCCACAUAACAAAUAACCAGGUUUUUGACCAAUAACAACAAAAAUGGAAGGGGUGGCAGAGGUCCCAGUGUGAGCGACGUCUACCAGCAACUGGGUCUGCCACCGCACCCCCAUAAUGUUGGCAUUUGUUAUGGGUGCGCAAAUCCGAUACCGCUUGCCAGAAUCCGAUCUGGCCCUUGUAGUGGUCCCGCCUGGUCCGUUUGUGGGGCCAGCGUGCCGCGCACGGUCCGGUCCAAGCACAGGGGACCUGGUUCUCUCGGAAACAAGAAGGCGGCGAGUUUGUCUGCACGCACGUGUAAUGAGCUCCCACUGGCUCGGCUGCAAGAAGCCGGGGCGGCUCGCUAGGGGUUUAUUAAAUUCUACAGAACACUGAAAAAGUGAAGACCGAGUUACUCAGUCGCUUGGCGGCCCUCGAAACCACAACUUUAAGCGCAGUAUCUGACUACUUCGGCGUCUCAGCGCCUCGGUUCCGUCCUGUGGUGCGCUGUCUUCAAUCUGUGUCGAUUUGACGCAUCUCUAGUCUGUUUUAAUAAAAAUGAGGUCAUGAAGUUUCUUGUUCACCCACCUUGAAGAGGCUCAGACCUUAAACCCCGGUCUCAAAACGUAGCACCGGCCCUAAUUCGAAUCUCUCCGGCUAAAGAGGCAAUGGCUUCAAGUCUUAAUCCCCAAGCUUGAACCUCGACCUCAAGAGAGGUCGAAGCAAAAAAGUGCAAGUCGCGUUUUGGGGGUUUUAAGUAUUGAUUCUUGACAAAAAAAGUGAUUUUAACAAUCUUUCGCAACUUUUAGAUUAUUCGAGAGAUGGAACUGAUAGACAAGAAGAAAUCCGUCGAAGGAAAGACGUGA